AAUUUGUUGACGUCUUCGCGAGUCGUCAUUGACGUUUGAAGUUUUAAUUUCGUUCAGUAUGUUUUGGUUUUUAUUUUAAUACGUGGUUAUUUUUAAGUUAUUGUUAAUUCUGCACAUUUUAUUUUGUUAAUAACUCAAAGUUCAAUACAAUUUCGUAUUUAAUGUGGAAGCCAAUCCCCUCCGAAAGCAACCAUGACUUCCAAACACUUUUGCUUGAAAUGGACCAGGUUUCAAUCCAACAUUUUGAGUGCAUUUGAAAGUUUGCAGAGCACCGAAGAUCUCGCAGAUGUUACUCUGACUUGCGAUGGAAUCAAUAUCAAAGCUCACAAAUUUAUACUUUCUGCUUGUAGUCCCUAUUUCAGAACAAUAUUCAAGGAAAACCCAUGCCCUCAUCCGAUUGUUAUACUAAAAGAUGUAGCUUAUGCGGAUCUGAUGGCAAUAAUAAACUUCAUGUAUCAUGGCGAGGUCACAGUUUCUGAAGAACAACUAUCCUCCUUCCUCCACACAGCUGUAAUUCUGCAAGUUCUCGGUUUGAUGAACUCUGAUGAAGCACCACAAAAGAAACUAUACGUUCCUCAGAAAAAGCCAAAAACCAACAUCGAAUCCCAAGAAUCUCCACAGAAGAAAGCAAAGCUCAGUCCCAAACCGAAAAAGUCAGUUACACCACCUGGAAAUGCUGAAGAAGUGCUCAACGAGGCGAACAGGUCGAUUCCUGCACAGUUCGAGGUAGUUGAGGUUGAUAAAAUUAAGACUGAGGACGAACUAGGUGCUAACAGUGAGUAUGAUGUGAGUGAGAAUGUCGAAGUUGUGGUAGGAGAGAAGGCUGAUACCCCAGGUUCAAUUCUAGAGGCAGCUUUGGAAGUAAGGGAUAAACCGAGCAGUAUUCUAGAGAGGUCGUUGACUUCACAAGCAGGAAGAUCUCCAUCAUCAGUGCCUUAUCAAUCCGAUAAAGUCUGCAUCAUUCAAGACCUCCCAAAAACAAUCUUCAUUCCUCGUAAGCCACCAGAAGUAGACCUUGACAAAAGAGUCCCGAAAUCCUCUUCAGAGUCAUCCAGUCCGUCCACUUUUGAAUAUCCUUCUGAAUUCCUUCAACAACGUAUCAAGACUGAAGAUCAUCCUGAUGUGUUGGCUAUGACUCCUGAAGAAUUCAAGGAAAUGAGCAUAGCGGCUAGACUAACGGAUCUGCAGCCCCACCACAGUUCGCAGUGUGGCAACUGUCCCCACUGCGGGAAAGUCUACUCGAAUCAGUCUGCCCUGAAAUACCACGUGCGUCUGGUGCACUCCGAUCUGACCAAUAUGUACUGCUGCCACCUGUGUCCAGAGUCUUUCGAUUACCGGGAGGGGUAUAAGAAGCACAUGGCAGAGGUGCAUCUUAUUAGGAACUAGAUAUAUAGUUUAUUUUUGUUAUCUUUUGUAAUUUUUUUAUGUUAUAUACUAUUUAAUAAAUUGGUUUUUGUGAUUA